CACACAUGCUUUUAUUACUUGCUUGUAUUACUGACACUUAUGUCAUUAUAAAGGUAGUAAGCCACUGCUUUCCCAUACAUCAGCUUGUAUACACAAAUAUAUUCCAUAUUUUCCUAAAGCAGUUCGGUUGACAGAAAAAGUUCCAGGUAGAUAAUCGCUGAGUAAUAGAACAAUGGGGAUACUCUGACCUGUUAACACCAGUAAAGACUUAUUUUCAAAGAUGUAAUUUCCUGAAUUCUUUGCUUUGCUCUGAGGACACUCAGUUUAUCUGGGCUUCGUUAGAUCCCCAAACCCUCUUUCCAUUCUUUUAAGACCAUGAACAGAUGGAAGUAGGAGCAAGCAGCCUUCUCCUGACUGUGCAGGCCGUGUUUUUCCCAGCUGUGGCUGAAUGACAUCUCUUCAUCAUUAGUGUGGCAGAGCAGGAAGGCCGGCCGGCCUUGCCUUGCCAUCAGCACACCCCUCCACCCCCAGCUGGCCCCACUUUCCCCAUCAAUUAGCUCCCCAGGUAAGAUAAAAGCAGGGCAGAGGCACAGGUAGGGCUGACCCUCCAGCGGCGAUAACCAUGGACGGCUUUGUCUGUUCUCCCUUCAGCACGCACCAGAACUUCAGGAGCAGCCCCUCGCUCGGCCGCGGCUGGGACACUGCGGCCAAGCAGCCCAGCUGGAAGCAGAACAAGAGCGGCGGCAUCAGCCCCUUCCUGGGGGGGCCCUUCACGCCGCUGCCGUCGGAGUACCUGGACAGCUACCGGCGGGCGCAGCUGCAGGCGCUGCUGUCGCAGGUGGGCCCCGCGCUGGCGCCGCGGCCGCGCCGCGCCAGCACCAAGGAGGCGGCGGUGCAGGUCAGCCUGCGGGCGGACGCGGCCGUGCAGUGCUCGCUGGGGCCGCGCACGCUGCCGCCCGCCCGCCUCUGCGGCCCCGCCGCCCUGCGCUCCCCGGGGCGCCUCGCCCUCUACUCACCCGCGCCUGACCGCCGCUUCUUGACGCUGCCCGACGCCGCGCCGCUCCCGGAGAAGGCCGCGUCCACCGAGGAGGGCCCGGCGGCGGCCGGCGGCGACGAGCAGCAGGAGGGCCCGGCGCUGCCGCCGCGCCAGGAGCCCGUGGGGACGCGGCGCGACGAGACCGCGACCCCCCGGCAGAAAGCUGCCUUCCAGUUCUUGGAGCAGAAGUAUGGCUAUUUCCACUGCAAAGACUGCAAGACCAGAUGGGAGAGUGCUUAUGUGUGGUGCAUUUCUGGAAGCAACAAGGUGUACUUCAAGCAGCUCUGUCGCAAAUGCCAAAAGGGCUUUAAUCCCUAUCGAGUGGAAGCAAUCCAGUGCCAGAUCUGCUCCAAGACUCGUUGUUCUUGCCCUCAGAGGAAGAGACACAUUGAUCUCAAGAGACCUCAUCGCCAAGAACUCUGUGGCCGCUGCAGAGGCAAAAGGCUGUCCUGUGAUAGCACUUACAGCUUCAAAUACAUUGUCUGAUCCACCAGCCCUCUUCUGUUUUGUGCUUUGCACUUUGUCUAUUGCUAUGUUUUGACUUAAGGCUUUUGACCUGGCAUUGGAUAAUGGAUGAAGACUUAAGUAUUAUUGUAAAGUAUAAUAACCUAAAGUAUGUAAUUUCACUGUAUAUAUGCUGUAAAUAAAGUUCAAUAAAAGUUUGCACUAGUUUGAUACCCCUUAGUUUCAUCUUCCUUGGAUGAAAGAGGAAAGUAUAUCUGUAAGAAUGUAACCUAUUUGCUUUCCUAAAGAUAGACUUCAUUUUGAAGUCUUCAGGGAAUGCUAAGAUUCAAGCUACAAUAGCAAGUUUUUCCUUCAGUCACUCAAACUGAACUAGGGUGGAAGAUGCAAAUAUUCUGGAGCAUAAAGUCUGGUGUAAAUGCAAAUAUCUUCCCUCUGCCUCUGUCAAAUGUAUGUAUAAAAAAACCCCACAGCUGCUUGGUAAUCAAAGACUAUCUGCCAGAAGAAGACUGUGGCUGUAAAAUAGGAGGGAAAAGUGUGUAAGCUGCCCAUAUUUGAAAUGAAGAGGGGAAAGACUUUUUGAAUGGCAGUAUCUGUGAGAGCAUAAAAAAUACUCUUUAAGGUAAAGGGAAGUUGGGAGGUUUUUCAGUGUCAGUGGAAAACCAAUUAAACUAUUUUUGCUGUUGCAUGUAAGGUUUUUGUUUUUGUUUUUUUUUUUUUUUUUUGGUCAGGCUGUAGUUACAUUUCUCACUAAUUUCUAUAAAUGGCUUCAGCCUAAACCA